GGUAGAAUUGAAGUAUUUCGUGGUGGAAGAUGGGGAUUAGUAUGUGAUGAUGAAUGGGAUAUACAAGAUGCUUCAGUUGCUUGUAAACAAUUAGGUUUCAAACAAGGUGCUAUAUCAAGUCCAGGAAAAGCAUUCUAUGGUGUUUCUAAUGAAGAUAAUGAUAUACUAAUGGAUAAUGUGCAAUGUAAAGGGACUGAGACAAAUUUACAAUCCUGUGUUUAUACUACAUUUCAUGAUUGUGCUGCAAGUGAGGCCGCAUCAGUUGUGUGUAAACCUAAUCAAGAUACAAUAGAAGCUACAUCAGGUGAAUAUUUUAUCUACACACACACAAGAUACAGUACACCAGCAACAAUUGAAGUACGUUUAGUUGAUGGUGAAGAUGAACAUUCUGGUAGACUAGAGAUAAAUUACAUGGGUGAAUGGGGAACAGUUUGUGAUGAUAAAUGGGAUAUACAAGAUUCUAAUGUUGUUUGUAGGAUGCUGGGUUACCCUGCUGCAGAGAGAGAUACAUCUGAUGUAGAUUAUGGAUCAGGUUCAGGCAACAUUUUAUUAUCAGAUGUAGAGUGUUUUGGAAAUGAAACUAGUCUAAAUGAAUGUGAAAAAUCACCAUGGAGACAACAUUCUUGUCAACCAUUUGAAGCUGUAGGUGUGGAUUGUAGGGUGGAAAAAGGUAAAGGCCUACAUGAAUUAUGUUAUUUUGUAGAAACAAUAGUUGAAUUAGUUAACGGUACUAAACCUAAUGAAGGUCGUGUAGAGAUUAUAAGAAAUGGUAUUAGAGGUACAGUAUGUGAUGAUGACUGGAAUAAUGAAGACGCCAGUGUUAUAUGUAAUCAGCUAGGUUUUCCACGUGGUGGUAAAGCUGUAAAUAAAGCCCGUUUUGGUGAAGGUAUUGGUAUUAUAUGGUUGGAUAAUGUCGCCUGUUCUGGUGAUGAGGAUACAAUAGAUGAUUGUACACCUGACUGGGGAACCCAUGAUUGUGAUCAUAAUGAAGAUGCUGGUGUCAUUUGUUUAGAGGGAUCUCUUCCAGUUAAUCAGCAACCCUCUGUUUAUAUUUGCCCUGUAGAAUUACGUGUACAGUUAAUUGGAAGUAGUAAACCUAAUGAAGGUAGAGUAGAAGUGAUUAUUGAUGGAGAACGAGGUACGAUAUGUGAUGACUCUUGGGAUGAUAAUGAUGCAACAGUUAUUUGUAAGAUGCUGGGUUAUAAAAACGGUGGAAGAGCUCUAAUCAAAUCAGCCUUUGGUAAUGGAGCUAGUCAUUUACCUAUCAUAUUAGAUGAAGUUGAUUGUUUUGGUACUGAAAAGUCUCUGUAUGAUUGUGAUACAGCUCCUGUUUAUGAACAUGAUUGUGAUCAUACAGAAGAUGCUGGUGUCGUCUGUUAUACUGAAUCAACUGAAAACCACACAGUUGAUGUGAAUUCUGGUGAGUAA